GGAGUUUGCCCGUUGGAAGGUGAGGAACACAGCCAUCGAGCGGAGGGACCUGCUCCACAACCCACUGCCCCUGAUGCCUGAGUUUCAGAGGAGCAUCCGCCUCCUGGGCAGGAGACCCACCACGCAGCAGUUCAUUGACACCAUCAUCAAAAAGUACGGCACCCACAUCCUCAUCUCUGCCACCCUGGGAGGAGAGGAGGCCUUGACCAUGUACAUGGACAAGAGCCGCCUCGACAGGAAGUCUGGAAACGCCACCCAGAGCGUCGAAGCAUUGCACCAACUCGCUUCCUCCUACUUUGUAGACCGUGAUGGCACCAUGAGGAGACUCCAUGAGAUCCAGAUCUCUACCGGAGCAAUCAAGGUAACAGAAACUCGGACUGGCCCCCUGGGCUGUAACAGCUACGACAAUCUGGACUCUGUGAGUUCUGUCCUUCUGCAAAGCACUGAGAGCAAACUCCACCUGCAAGGUCUCCAGAUCAUCUUCCCUCAGUAUUUACAAGAGAAGUUUGUCCAGUCUGCCUUGAGUUACAUCAUGUGCAAUGGGGAGGGAGAGUACAUCUGUCGUGACAGCCAGUGUGGCUGUCAGUGUGCUGAGGAGUUCCCACAGUGCAACUGCCCCAUCACUGACAUCCAGAUCAUGGAGUACACACUAGCAAACAUGGCCAAGACCUGGACAGAAGCCUAUAAAGAUCUGGAGAAUUCAGAUGAGUUUAAAUCCUUCAUGAAAAGGCUACCUAGCAACCACUUCCUGACCAUUGGGAGCAUCCACCAGCACUGGGGGAAUGACUGGGACCUGCAGAACCGUUACAAGCUGCUGCAGAGCUCCCUGGAAGCUCAACGGCAGAAGAUCCAGCGCACUGCCCGCAAACUCUUCGGCCUCAGUGUCCGGUGUCGGCACAAUCCUAACCACCAGCUGCCUAGAGAAAGGACGAUACAGGAAUGGCUUACCCGAGUCCAGUCCCUGCUGUACUGCAAUGAGAAUGGGUUCUGGGGGACCUUUCUGGAAAGCCAGCGGAGCUGCGUUUGCCAUGGUGGCACCAGCCUGUGCCAGCGUCCCAUCCCCUGCAUCAUCGGGGGCAACAACAGCUGUGCCAUGUGCAGCCUUGCCAACAUCUCUCUCUGCGGCUCAUGCAACAAGGGCUAUAAGCUUUACCGGGGUCGCUGCGAGCCCCAGAACGUAGACUCGGAGCGGAGUGAGCAGUUCAUCAGCUUUGAGACAGACUUGGACUUCCAAGACCUAGAGCUGAAGUACUUGCUGCAGAAGAUGGACUCUCGCCUGUACGUGCACACCACUUUCAUCAGCAACGAGAUCCGCCUGGACACCUUCUUCGACCCCAGGUGGCGCAAACGCAUGUCCCUCACCUUGAAGAGCAACAAGAACCGGAUGGACUUCAUCCACAUGGUGAUUGGGAUCUCCAUGCGCAUCUGCCAGAUGCGCAACAGCAGCCUGGACCCAAUGUUCUUUGUCUACGUCAACCCGUUCAGCGGGAGUCACUCCGAGGGCUGGAACAUGCCCUUUGGGGAGUACGGCUACCCACGCUGGGAGAAAAUCCGCCUCCAAAACAGCCAGUGCUACAACUGGACCCUGCUACUGGGCAACCGGUGGAAAACCUUUUUUGAGACCGUCCACAUCUACCUACGCAGCCGAACUCGGCUGCCUUCCCUGCUACGCAACGAGACUGGCCAAGGGCCUGUGGACCUUUCUGACCCCACCAAGCGUCAGUUCUACAUCAAGAUCUCGGAUGUGCAGGUGUAUGGCUACAGCCUGCGUUUUAACGCCGACCUACUGCGCAGUGCUGUGCAGCAGGUCAACCAGUCGUACACGCAAGGUGGUCAGUUCUACUCCUCCUCCUCUGUCAUGCUCUUGCUGCUGGAUAUUCGGGACCGAAUCAAUAGACUGGCGCCUCCCGUAGCCCCAGGGAAGCCCCAGCUGGAUCUGUUCUCUUGUAUGCUCAAGCACCGCCUGAAACUCACCAACAGCGAGAUCAUCCGUGUGAACCACGCUCUGGACCUGUACAACACCGAGAUCCUCAAACAGUCGGACCAGAUGACAGCCAAACUCUGCUAACCCGGACUUAUCCAUGGACACGUUGGUGAUUGAUCCUUUUGCUGUAAAAAAAAAAAAAAAAAUAAAAGAGAAAAAAAAAGAAAAAAAAAAGAGGAGAAAAAAAAAAAGGAAAAAGAAGGAAGGAAAAGUGGGGGGAAAUAAGGAAAGGGGAAACCCAAGAUUUGUAAAAUGUAAUUAAUAUACAAAAGAGGCAAAAAAAAAAAAAAGGAAAUUCUUCAUUUGUUGAAAACUAAACCCGUUCUAGCAGCUGUAUAAAACUGUCAGGCAUGUUUGUUAUUUCUAUAAUCCGUCAUAAAAGGGGAACACC